AUGGACAUUGGACUUAGAUUUAAUGUGGAAGAACAGAGUGUUAUAUCAGGUGGGACAUCAACUGGGGCAGGGGAAGUUUCUGAUUCCAACAGUAUUUCCCACCUUCAUAACAAAUAUCCGAAACAUGAUUACGCCGUCUCCGGUUCAAAAUUCAAAGGAGUGGUGAGCCAACAGAAUGGGCAUUGGGGUGCUCAGAUAUAUGCUAACCAUCAGCGCAUUUGGCUCGGGACUUUCAGGUCAGAGAAGGAAGCUGCAAUGGCAUAUGACAGUGCAGCUGUCAAGCUUCGUAACGGAGACUCACAGCGAAACUUCCCUUUGAGUGAUGUCACUAUCCAUGAGCCAAACUUCCAAGGUCAGUUCAGUGCUGAAGUAGUCCUCAACAUGAUCAAAGAUGGUUCCUAUGCGUCUAAAUUUUCUGAUUAUCUGUCAGCACGGGCCCAAUUAGGUCAUAGUUUGGCUACUCUGCCCAAUACAACAGGGUUUUUAGGCCGACAACUUUUCCAGAAGGAACUCACACCAAGCGACGUUAGCAAGCUUAAUCGUCUCGUCAUUCCAAAAAAGUAUGCCGUGAAGUAUUUCCCUCGUAUAUCUGAUUUGGAAGAGAAUAAUGAUGGUAAUAUGGAGGAAGUAGAACUGGUAUUUUUCGAUCCCUCAAUGAGGUCAUGGAAGUUUCGCUAUUGCUAUUGGAAGAGUAGCCAAAGUUUCGUGUUCACUAGGGGCUGGAAUAGAUUUGCAAAAGAAAAGGGACUGAGGCCAAGGGACAGGAUUAUUUUUAGUGCAUAUGAAUGUAGAGAUGGAUCAAACGAAGUUCGGAAACUCUGUAUGAUUGAUGUUGCAUAUUAUGAUGGUGCUCAUGGAGAUGGGAUUUUGGCCAGUAAGAAUGGUGAGGUUGCAUUGCAACUUCAGAUUGCACAGCCUACUGAUGAUCUUGAUCAUGGGGAAGAAGUUGAGGAAAUGGAUUUACAACAGAAUGGGGAAGAUGAAAAUGCAUCUGGAGAAGAAAGGGAUUUUUUGGGAACUUUUCCAACAAAUACAGAAAAAAUUGGUUUCAGGCUAUUUGGUGUUCAAAUUACUUGA